ACUGCCUCAUGAACAAACAAAACAAAAGGCACAGAGGUGGCUUAUCUUUACUCAUGUUUUUCUUUCUUUCUUUCUUUUUUUGCUUAGCCAAGAAGGAUCAGGAAGGUGGAGAAGAAAAAAAAUCUGUACAAAAGAAAAAAGUAAAAGAAUUAAAGGUGUUGGAUUCAAAGACUGCCCAGAAUCUCUCAAUCUUUUUGGGUUCCUUCCGCAUGCCCUAUCAAGAAAUUAAGAAUGUCAUCCUGGAGGUGAACGAAGCUGUUCUGACCGAGUCUAUGAUCCAGAACCUCAUUAAACAAAUGCCAGAACCAGAGCAGUUAAAAGUGCUCUCUGAACUGAAGGAUGAGUACGAUGAUCUGGCGGAGUCCGAGCAGUUUGGUGUGGUGAUGGGCACAGUACCCCGGCUGCGGCCUCGCCUCAAUGCCAUCCUCUUCAAGCUACAAUUCAGUGAGCAAGUGGAGAAUAUCAAACCAGAGAUCGUGUCUGUCACUGCUGCUUGUGAGGAGUUACGCAAAAGCGAGAGCUUCUCCAGCCUCCUAGAAAUUACCCUUCUUGUUGGAAACUAUAUGAAUGCUGGCUCCAGGAAUGCUGGUGCUUUUGGCUUCAAUAUCAGCUUCCUCUGUAAGCUUCGAGAUACCAAGUCUACAGAUCAGAAGAUGACAUUGUUACACUUCUUGGCUGAGUUAUGUGAGAAUGAUUAUCCUGAUGUCCUCAAGUUUCCAGAUGAACUUGCCCAUGUGGAAAAAGCCAGUCGAGUUUCUGCUGAAAACUUGCAAAAGAACCUAGAUCAGAUGAAGAAACAGAUUUCUGAUGUAGAACGUGAUGUUCAGAAUUUUCCUGCAGCCACAGAUGAAAAAGACAAGUUUGUUGAAAAAAUGACUAUAUCCUUUCUGGAAAGAAGGGUGUUGCUUCUUAGGGAGGAAAAACUUACCCUAAGGGAACGACUAGGAUAGAUGUGGCAAUGUCCAGCCUCUCUUUUCUCCCAACAGUGAUUUUCCAUUAAACACAUAGUUCCUGAAAGCACUCUCGUUGUUGUGGAAGUGAAAGAAAGCCAGGCGUGCAGAUACACUCAAAGCUUCCACUGUUUCCUUUCCCGUCCCCAUUGCCACUGCACACACAUUAAUUAUUCUCUCCAGCCUUUUGGGAAAUUAACACUGCUACUGGACUUGUGUCUGAUUUACCCCCGAUGAAUUUAUUUUAAAGCCUAUGUUGCUUUUUACUCAAAACGCCUUCGUCAUGCUUCAUCCUGUAUGUGCUGAGCAGCCUCUUGCUGUUCCUGUUGUGUCAGUGUAUCGUAGUUUGUUGCCCACCCUUUCCCUCUUUGGGUACUUAAUUGCUUCUGUGUUUGCUGUAAUGCAUGAUGCUGUAUUGAAGGUCAUUGUGCAUGCUCAUGCAUCUUUGAGUCAUUCUCUGGGCUAGGGAACUGGGUCUUCUUCCUUUACUCCUGGGCUGCACAGCUUUGUGAAGGACGCACAGGAACAGUAUAAUAAGCUGCGGAUGAUGCAUUCAAACAUGGAGACUCUCUAUAAGGAGCUGGGCGAGUACUUCCUCUUUGAUCCCAAGAAGUUGUCUGUGGAGGAAUUCUUUAUGGAUCUGCACAACUUUCGGAAUAUGUUUUUGCAAGCAGUCAAGGAGAACCAGAAGCGACGGGAGACAGAAGAAAAGAUGCGGCGAGCAAAACUAGCCAAAGAGAAGGCAGAGAAAGAGCGACUGGAGAAGCAGCAGAAGAGAGAGCAACUCAUAGACAUGAAUGCAGAGGGUGAUGAGACAGGGGUGAUGGACAGUCUUCUGGAAGCUCUGCAGUCAGGGGCAGCGUUCCGACGGAAGAGAGGACCCCGUCAGGGCAAUAGGAAAGUCGGGUGUCUUGCAUCUAUGCUACCUUCAGACCUGAUCAAAGAUGACGUCAUAGCUGCUGUUCCUACCAAGAUACCCAAGAACAAUGAAGGAGUCCCCACAAUCCUUGAGGAAGCCAAGGAGUUGGUUGGCCGUGCAAGCUAACCUGGAUCCCGUGGCCAUGGCAGCUCUUAAAUGGAGUCCAGACUGUCUUGCCCUGCAGCAUAUGCUAACGGGUCAGGGAUGUUCAUCUGGAGCAGCCACUCCUGUCACCCUGACCCUGUCUUUCUGUCUGGCCUGCUGCUCUCUGAACAUCACAUACAUCUUCAGCUGCCCAGAGACCAAAAGGGCAGUACGGGGGAGGCCUGAGCCCAACCCAGCCAGCCCUGACCAUUGUGUUACCAAAGCAGGGUCUGUGUUUGCUGCCUUAACCCUGUCUCCUCUGUUACUCGGAGGGCCUUACUCAAACGAGGCCCAUCCUGCUUUCCCAGCCCAGCUUUCUAGUGGGCCUUCCCUUGGUCAAUCUUGCUGGCUCUGUGCUUUUCUUUUGUGGUUUCUCUGGCCCUGAGAACAGCAUGGGGCUUAUGAACUUCGGGCUAGAGCCUUCUUUCAUUGCUGUCACCUCUGCUUUUUCCCCUGUUGGCCAUUGUUAUUUAUUACUAAUGCUGUGGCAUUGGGAGCUGCUUCUAAGGAAGCAGGGAGCAAAUCCCACCUUACCCACCUUCCUGGGAAGGGGCUCCCAAAACUAAAAGAAUCUGGACCGUUCGACUUGUGCCCCAGUGGCCUGUGGGCAGGUGCCUAGGGCAUAGUGACAGCGUGGACCAUGUCCCCAGCUUGCUGCCAUGCUUUGUGCCCCUGCCUCCCUGAAACCUUGGUACCAGCCGCAGGCUGCUGAGCCAGGGUCUUUCCUUAUGCCUUUCCCAGAGCUUCGGUGCAUCUCAUCUGGAGUAUGGGCUAUAGCGUGACCAUCCUACACCUCACCCUCUGUCUCCAAGGAAAUGGGAGGUGGAGCCUCCUGGCUGAGAAAUUGUUUUGCAAAUGGAUCUAUUUUUGUACAAAAAAAAAUUUUUUAAAGAAAAAUAACUUCCUUUCCCCUUCCCUCUCCAUAAUCAAAGAGGCUUUGAUGUAAGAUUCAGAGUUCCUGGGGUUUCUCUUCAUAGGCCUCAAUGCUGCGCAUGCCCUUGGACCUUGGCCUCAGCAGUCAAAGCCUCUGAACUCUGAGCCCAAGACAGAUCCUCUGCAGCAUGGGUCCUCGGCAAGAGGAGUCUCUUCUGGUUGGGCUGGGCCAAGCCUACAAGUAACAGGAGCUCUGAGGUCACAGGUUUUAUGAAUUUAAUAAACUACCGCGCCAAAUGUACAGAUGCUAACUGGAUAUCCUAAAAGUAGGCCCAGAGGUGCUCACACACUGUACCACACUUCCUUCCACUGAACUGCUUGGUGGCCCUCCACCUCAGUAAGCUUGGGAUCGCUGGCUUAGGGUGGCACCUUUACCCGCCAUGUCCCUUAGAGCUUCCCACACCAGUUAAGGAGAGAAUGACAUUGUUAAAGAUUGGCCCAGAGGUUCAUUUGCUAAGAGCAAGGGGAAGCUUGGGAGGGCCUGGAGGGGGCUUGGGACCAGGAGAGAGGGUUCUGGUUGCUAGAGUUUGUCUCUUAAGGGGCACGGGCAGCGGUGUUGCUCUCUAGGGUCAGCUUCCUCUUGCUCGCAGACGUCUAGGGCUUUGACCCUUCCUUUUUUAAUGUACUUUUGCUAAGAUGCAUUUAAUUUAAAAAAACGGGGUUUGGGGACAAGAUUCAGAGGUAUUCCCUCACCUCUUGGGCUCCUGGGAUGUUACCACCUCCAGUUUGACAGGUUUCCAACUGUUAAUAAAAACACUGAAUAGCA